CAGCGCGACUCCUCAGUAUUGUCUCGAUCAACAAGGAGUAAAAAGCAGAUUAUUUACGUCUCUUCCGGAAGUCGACCUCACUCAUUUGUCAAUCUUUACUGACAGCGGAUGCUUAGGAAUUUUCCUGCCUUGAGGUUGGCGGUAGAAGCAAGAAAGUAAUAUUUGUCCCGGGAAGGAAAUAUCCGAGCCCAGCCAAGUCACGUUCUGCUGUAUAUCAAAGUUCAGCAUCUUUCUUCAGAGAAGCGAUGAACCUCGACCCGGGAAUCGUGUGUUACCAGCACUGCGAGGGGCGUCUCUUUAGCUUCAGUCUCCCUUCCUCAUGCUACCUGUGCGGCGCUGACCUGACCGUUGAACCCCUGACCUGUCCGCCCUUCAGGUUGCCGUAUCCUUUCGUGCGCGCCUCCCAAGCGCCUUGCUCCAUCGUCAUCAAGCCCACUGACUACAGGAGCAGCAACGACCUUCACAUUGGUGUGACGGACAGCGAGGGCCGUGUGUUCGAGUACGACCACGAGGGCCUGCACUCCGACUACACCUCCUCGUGGACACAGAGCCUCGCCGUGUCGGUCAUAAGCGACCCUGGCACCGGGCGCCUUGACCCCGUGUGGCUCGAGUACUGGGAUUUCACCCUGCACACGAUGGCUCAGGAUCCCACCUGGGCUGAAGACAGAUACGACGAGACGUCCUUCAACUGCUACUCCUUCGUGCUCGAGUUCCUGAAGAAGCUAGGUCCUCCUGGCAUCAAGACGAAAGGCCUCAGCAAGACGUCCCUUUGCGAGCAGCUCCUCGUCCCUCACACCACCGCCGCCGCCAAGUACAUCUCCCUCUAUCGGAAGCUGCGGUCCCAGACUGUGGUGGCCGUCCCGCUGAUGAAGCAGUGAGGAGAAAACAGAUGAAGAAAAGAUAUUCUUCAUAGGUUGACGCUGAAGGUGCUGCGAAACCACACUUUAUGAGAUAAAAGACAGAUUUUAUUUAUAACGAUAGGGUGCUUCAUGUUUUCCAUGCUGGGACUACGUGAUUUUCAGUUGCCAGGUUAGGGUUAUAUGUCGUAAAUAUUGCAUUUGUGUUUAGGAGUCUUCCAUGUUAUAGAAUUGGACGCAUUUCCUUUAUCGUAAGACAUUAUAUUGUUCUCUCUUCUCGUUUCGCUCUUUCUUACUUUCUUGAUACAAUUCUUCCACUUUAUAAUGCCCUUCAUACUUUUGACAGUUUGAAUAUAGUAUAUUUUUAUAUAAAAUUAACAUGCAAUAAAAAGUACUUGAG